GCCACCUAUCAAUGCCAGUCAGUGCCACCUAUCAGUGCUGCCAAUCAGUGCCAGUCAGUGCUGCCUAUCAGUGCCAGUCAUUGCUGCCUAUCAUUGUGCAUCAGUGCCGCCUAUCAGUGCCCUUUAGUGCCACCUAACAGUGCUAUCAGUGCCACCUAUCAGUGCCGCCUAUCAGUGCCAUAUAUGAGUGCUGCCUUUCAGUGCCCAUCAGUGAUGCCUGUCAAUGCCCAUCAGUGCCACCUACCAGUGCUUCCUCAUCAGUGCCCAUCAGUGUCCAUCAGUGCAGCCUAUCCGUGCCCAUCAGUGCAGCCUCAGUAG